AUGUUCACCUCAAUGGAAUAUGAAUCGCAUGCUCCGCCCGCAUAUUCUCCCUCCGACCUGUUCAUUCCAGCCGAGGAAAAAAGCGAAGUGAUUCUUCCACAACAGAGCGAGCCCGGUCUGGCCGUUGCCUCUGCUCUCAGCCGUGGCCUCCAGGUGCCAUCUCGUUCAACUGCAUGCACAUCUGGCUUCGAUUACCCCGAUGAAUUGGCCAAAUGUGGAGUAUCAAAAGACCAAUGGGCCCGGUUCACUCAUCUGAUCUGCCAAGAAGCCAAGCUUUCCCGCCAACAGUGGACAACAGUGAUUGGGAAAGGUCUGGGCACAUUGGGUGUGGGUGGGUUGAUGAUUGGGAUCCUCGGUGCAAUUCCGGCGGCUUUCGUUCUACGUCUCUCAAAACGACGUCAAGAGCAGCGAAAUCUCAUCGCUGCAAUGGCCGGCGUCGAGGGUGACCAUCUCGCCCGUCACAUUUCCCAUUGGAAUGAGACGUUCUUCCAACCCCGAGGCAUUUUGAUCCGAGUCGACUUGCCAGACGAGUAUUUGAGCGACCUUGAACAUAUGGAAAUCAGCAAAAAGGGCACAUCAUCAAAAAGCACCCAGAAAGACCGGGCCAAAGCUUCGCAGAAAGCGCGGAUUGUGAUCAUUCCUCUGAAAGACUCAAUGUUAUAA